AUGGCAUUUUGGUGGAAGAAAACUCCAAAGACCCCUUCCGAUUAUGCUCGACUUCUUUCAGAACAGCUAAACAAGUUUGAAAACGCUUCCACUGUUGACAGCAGACGGAAAAUACAGGAUGAUUGUAGCAAAUACUUGGCUGGUACAAAACAUUUUUUACUGGGAGAAGUGGAACCGGAACCCUCUGUGGAGGCUGUUGACGAACUUUACAGCGCCAUCUACCAGCUAGAUCUGCUCUACGAUCUACUGGUAAACCUGGCCGAGCUCGAAUUCGAAGCUCGAAAAGACGUGGCAUUACUUUUCGCGACCUGUUUACGACAUUCUCGUGACAACAAGCUUGUGACCGUGGACUAUUUGGUAACAAGGCCCAAGACCAUCUCUUUGAUGCUUCGGGCACCGCAAAUGGCACUCUCAAAGGCCAAUUCUAGCGAUUUGUUUCUGAAAACCGGGUCAAUAAUUUUGGAGAGCCUGAAAUAUGAACAACUUUGUCGUUUAAUGCUUCGGGAUCCGCAAAUAUGGCUUUUCUUUGAUUUCGCUAAAAGUGGGUCCUUCGAAGUCAGUACAGAAAGUCUCCAAAUUCUCACAAAUUUACUAACGAUCCACCAAAAACCUGUGGCGACAGAAUUCUUCAGUCAGCCAGCCAACCUUCAUAAAUUCAUCGAAAAGAUCAAUAACGUUAUGGCACAUGGUAGCUAUGUUACUAAACGCCAAAGUGUAAAGCUCCUGCAAUAUUUGAUAAUGAUCAGAGCUUACAAUCAUUUACUCACAGCUUACAUUAAUUCACCCGAUAACUUAAAACUGAUCAUGAUUUUGCUAAGUGACAGAUCCAAGAAUUUACAAUUGGCUUCCUUCAAUAUUUUUAAAGUCUUUGUUGCCAACCCACGUAAGUCCAAACCGGUGUUGGAUAUUAUGGUAAAAAACAGAGACAAACUUUUGCAUUAUUUACAGUCCUUCAACACGGAUAGCAAGGACGUAACCUUCUUGGACGAGAAAGAGUAUGUCGUACAAGAAAUCGAAUCACUACCAAGGCUGGUUUCCCCCAAUGGUGAUUUCUCUUUUGGCACUUCUCCUCAGCAUUAA